CCGCGGCGGAGCGCUAACACCGCGAGCCGCCGCCGGAUCCCCCCGCAAACACCGCAGAUUUACGCGUCUCCGCCUCAGACGGAGACCUCAUCACGCGUCUAAAUAUAAGAUGGCAUCGCCAUUUAAAAUCCCCAAAAAGAAACAGAUGUCAGCUGCUGACUCCGCCCCCCUGCACGCAUCACCGCUGUCCCGCCUCCAGAGCCCCGCCCCCAACCUUAAGGGUUACGAGGGCGGGUUCAGCAGAGGCGGAGCUGACAGCGUGCAUGCUGGGAGCAGACUGAGCACGCCGUCUCGGCCGUUCUUCAGGGACUACGUCAAAACGCUGCUGGGAAUCAAGUCUCCCAGCGGAGGGACGCCGGCGGCCAAUCAGAGAGGGUGCGGCGGGCAGAGGGCGGAGUCGUUGUCAAACGGCAGGUGGCGUCCGAAGAGAGCGUCAGACCGCCUGCUGCAGCCUGCGUCUCCACCACAGAAGAAGAAAACGCAGCUCAGCGGCUCGUCGGCUCGAAGGAUCUCUGUGACGUCAUGUGACUCUCUGGCAGAGCUGCGAGGAGAGGAGCAUGCUGGGAGUUUGAGUCCCUGGCCGGAGGGAGAGAGGAGCUGGAGGAGGGAGGAGUCCGGCCGCCGGGACGCGGUCGAGAGGAAGAGCGACGCAGGAAGCUCUCCCGAACCUCUAAAUCAGCAGCAGAAGAAGAAGUCGCCGGCCUCCGGUUCAGACCAGGACUCAGAGGACGUCUUCACGUUUCCGUCCAGAAACAAACCGUCUUCAACCUCACUGAGGACGCCGGCCGGCGAGGGGCGGGGCCAGGGGCGGAGUCUGGAGCGGGCGCCGCUGCUGACGGCGAGCGGCCUGAUGGAGGAGCGGCGGGAGAAAGAGAGGGAGCGAUGGAGGGAGUUCAGAGAGAAGAAGAAGAAGAACAGAUCAGCUGUUCUGCAGCCUCGACCCAAAAAACCCAAACAGACGCCGACAGAACCCAGUGAGUCCAACCUGUAAACAACAACAGCAACAACAAUAACAACAACAAUAACAACAA